UGCCACUCUCAAUCCCUCUCCUCAUACGCUCUUACAAGCUUCUUUUAGAACAUUUCACACUCAUCAGACUUGCAAGUCAUCUGAACGUUUCUUAUCUCAAGCACCAUGACUAGACCACAACAGCGAUAUCGUGGCGUCCGUCAAAGGCACUGGGGUUCUUGGGUUUCAGAAAUUCGCCAUCCUCUCCUGAAGACUAGAAUAUGGUUAGGCACAUUCGAAACGGCCGAGGACGCGGCACGGGCAUACGACGAGGCAGCAAGGCUAAUGUGCGGGCCAAAAGCACGUACAAAUUUCCCUCACAACCCCAACGAACCCCAGUCAUCAUCGUCAAAGCUUCUCUCAGCUACCUUGGCAGCCAAGCUACAUAAAUGUCACAUGACUUCUCUACAAGCAACCAAGAAAAAUGUAACAAAACAGUCACAUGAUGCACAAUGCACCAGUUUUGGCACUAGCCAUGGCAUUGCCGGAAAAACUGUCGAAAACGGCUCGAAAUGGCAGGAGGGGAAUUGGGCUGGGGGGGGAAGUCAAGCGGGGAACGAUGACCAUCAAGAACAUUUUAAGUCACUUGAAGAUCACCAUAUAGAGCAAAUGAUAGAGGAGUUGCUAGAUAGAGGAUCCAUGGAGUUCUGUUAUGUAGAUUCAACAUGAGAGUUCUGCUGAAAUUAAAGAAACAUGAUCAAAAUGCAGCA